AUGGCUGAAGCAGAAGGAGCAACGUGUUCACCACCGCCAACAGCCAGCAUUUCAAAUCGGCAACCCGCAACAAUCGAGUCUCCAUUGCUAGCUACUCCCCACCAGCUUCACGGCACCGUCGACGUAGAAGCCUUCGCAGAUAUGGCAACCGAACUGCUCCACACCCAGAUGAACCGCUACCAGGGCAUCAAAGUCCUCAUCCUGGUGGCUAAUUGCGUCGAGACUGCUGUAGAGAUUGCGAAAUACUACAUGCAAGCGCAGGAAAAGUUCGAUUACGCCUCGAUGCUCAGCGAUUCUGGCGAUGAGGAUAUCCAGCUGCCCUCAAACGAGCUCUCCACCAACCUUGCCAAACUCCUGAAGAAGGCUCAAGAAGAAGCGGCUGAUGCUUCUUAUAGCCCUUAG